GACCACACCAAUCUCCCACGUGGGAACAGGCAGGCUCCAUUCUUUGUGCUGUGAGGUGCUCCCCGCCUUCGUUGGGCCGUCAGGCAACUCAGGACGCACUGCUUCGCUGCUGCAGGCGCCUAAGGGCUUUCGUCACAGGGAUGCCAAAGCGUGGGAAGAGGGCGGCGGCAGAAGAUGGGGAAGAGCCCAAGUCCGAGCCCGAGACUAAGAAGAGUAAAGGGGCAGCAAAGAAAAACGAGAAAGAGGCCGCAGGAGAGGGCCCUAUCCUGUAUGAGGACCCUCCAGAUAAGAAAACUUCACCCAGUGGCAAAUCUGCCACACUCAAAAUAUGCUCCUGGAAUGUGGAUGGGCUUCGAGCCUGGAUUAAGAAGAAAGGUUUGGAUUGGGUAAAGGAAGAAGCACCAGAUAUCUUGUGCCUCCAAGAGACCAAAUGCUCAGAGAACAAACUUCCAGCUGAACUUCAGGAGCUGCCUGGACUCACCCAUCAGUACUGGUCAGCUCCAUCAGACAAAGAAGGGUAUAGUGGUGUUGGUCUACUUUCCCGCCAGUGCCCACUCAAAGUGUCUUAUGGCAUUGGCGAGGAAGAACAUGAUCAAGAAGGCCGGGUGAUUGUAGCUGAGUUUGACUCCUUUGUCCUGGUAACAGCGUAUGUUCCCAAUGCAGGCAGGGGUCUGGUGAGACUAGAGUACCGGCAGCGUUGGGAUGAAGCUUUUAGAAAGUUUCUGAAGGACUUGGCUUCCCGAAAGCCACUUGUGCUAUGUGGGGAUCUCAAUGUGGCUCAUGAAGAAAUUGACCUUCGGAACCCCAAAGGGAACAAAAAGAAUGCUGGCUUUACUCCCCAGGAGCGUGAAGGCUUUGGGGAGUUGCUACAGGAUGUACCACUGGCUGACAGCUUCCGGCAUCUCUACCCCAACACCGCCUAUGCUUAUACUUUUUGGACUUACAUGAUGAAUGCUCGGUCCAAGAAUGUUGGUUGGCGCCUGGAUUAUUUUUUGUUGUCCCAUUCUCUUUUACCUGCCUUGUGUGACAGCAAGAUCCGUUCCAAGGCUCUGGGUAGUGAUCACUGUCCCAUUACCCUUUACCUAGCACUGUGACACCCUCCUGAAGUAGCUCUAUGCCUGGAAAACCGCCUCCUCAACCCCCAGAGAAGUCCAGUGUGUUCUGAUCUCUUUAGGCCCCAGGUUUUUGUUUUUGUAUGGACUCCCCUGUUUUAAACAUUAAAAUCAAACUUCUGGUUUCCUUUUAACAAUUUAAGUAAAAAUAAAAGUCCUACUUUCAACAUCA